GCGCUGGCCAUGGUUGGCUUUGCGCGCUUGGUGCUGCUGGCCCUGGGCUUCGCGAAGCUGCCUUGCGCCCGCGGCUCCUGGACCGAAGCCAACACGGGCUGCGCCACCAGGGCCACCGGGGGCCGCUCCGGGCUGCUGAGCUUCCUCUGGCUGCGCCCCGACGGCUCCCCCGCCACCGUCCUGGUGCAGAGCCUGUGGGAUCUGCGCAGCGGGCAGCUGCUGGAGUGCGCCCUGCGGACGGAGCCCGACGUGACCCGCCGCUACUUGGAGCUCUGCGGACCCGGAGGGCUCCGCCACCCCUUGGCCCGCGCCUCCUGGGACCCGCGGCUGCGGAGAGAGCUGGACGCCUUGGAAGCGCGCAAGGGAGCCUGCAAGGGAACGCCGGCCCGCCGCGCAGCUGCGGCGGCGGCGGCGGGAGGAAAGCGGGAAGGGGAAGCGCGGCCGCGGAGCCGUCGGGGCUUGACGUUUCCCGGGACGCUUUGGUGCGGAGCCGGGGCCACGGCUGAGAUGCCCUCGGAGCUGGGGGUUUUCCAGGGCCCGGACGUGUGUUGCCGUGAGCAUGACAGUUGUGAUGCUCACAUCACAGCUCUGGAGUUCAAGUACGGCAUGCGUAACUACCGGCUGCACACCAUUUCUCACUGCAGCUGCGAUAACAGGUUCAGCGAUUGCUUGAGGAACCUCAACGACACCAUCUCCAACUUCAUCGGGAACAGUUUCUUCAACUUGCUGGAAGUCCCGUGCUUCCAGCUGACAGAGACCGAGGACUGCGUUGAAUGGCACUGGUGGGGCGGGUGUAAGAAGUAUGGCAUGGUGCCGCUGGCUCACUUGGUGGAUCCAAGCCCUUAUCAGCCCAUCGAGAACCCCGAAGCUACCGCUUCUCCUCUCCAGCCUAGUCGGCAUCGGAAACCUGGCUCGAAAGGCAACAAAAUGCGGAGAAAGAAGGUGGAAAAAACCAGUCCCAAAACUCAAGAUCCCAUCAGCCCCUCCUUCUCCAAGCUGAAUCAAGUCACUCACCUCCCGGGGAGAAGCUCUCCAGGUGAGGAGACUGUGCCAAGGUCACCUGCCCUUCCAACUACGUUGGAGCCUGGUCCCACCAAGAUGGAAGGUGAGAUUCUCGCCACACGUCACCCGGUCGUCUUUUCUACGGAAGACGCCUCCUCCAACGAGACCUGGCAAGGAAAAAGGCCCUUCGCUGGACCGUCUGCAGGACACGGCCAGGUGUCUAAGCCAAGACCAGGCCUGUCGCGGAGAUGCCGCUGCUACCAACGGCUGGACCAGUGCCCCUUCCAGAUCGGCCCGCACGAGUUCAAGUACCAGCUCCACAAUUCAGACGAUCGCAUGCUUUUCCACUGUAACUGCACCCGCCGGUAAGCGGACCUCCGUUGCCCCCACCCCUCUAGAAGUUGUGGGCGCUCCCAACACGGGAGGUUUUCAAGAAGAGACCGGACGACCAUUCAUCUGGAAUGAUGCGGGGUCUCCUUCUGAGCAGGGGGUUGGGCUGGAGGACCUCUAGGGUCC